UGUUUGUUUGCUUUUUGACAUUUAAACAUUUCUGAAUAUUGACAUUGCCGUCGCUAAAUAAAUAAUUUGGAUAAGCAUCCCACUCACUCUUGUGUGACUUUUAAUCGGAAAUAUAUAUAUAUAUUUUAAUUAUUUAUUGCAUCCUACCGAAUAUUUUUUAGAAAUAAUAUGAGUUAUAAAAAACAAGUAACUGUUUGUUUAUUUAAUCGGAUUUUGAGAUUGCAUAGAACUAAAGUUUUUGUAGCGUGCAUCUUUUUGUGAAAAUUAUAGAGUUAGAAAUAUAAAUUAUAUGUUAUGAACUUAAUAUAAAUUAUACGUUAUGAAAAAUCUACUAAGGUCAAUUUCAAAGAGCCAUAGAGUUCGAAAAAUGCUGUUUAAAUCCCAGUCCACGAAAGAUUAUGACAUUCUAAAAGAUGCUUUAUUAAAGAUAAAAGAGAAAGGGCUGAAAGAAGGUUUGGAUGUAAAUGAGAUUCAGGCAUUAAUUGAAUCAAAAAUUAGCUGUUAUACCUCAGGAAAAAAAUCUCUGUCUUACUUUAGAAUAUUUCUGAAUCUAAACUUUAUUUUGUGUGUGCUAAUUGCAAUAACUAUAUCUACUGUGAUACUGAAUGACAAAGAAUUUUCAUUAAAUCGUUGCAUUCUUGAAAAUAACUACUUUGUAAUGGAAGUAACUAGACCAGUUACAGAUUGUAAUAUAUGCAAAGGUGUUACCAGUUUUGUUAUAUUAGAAAAUGUAACUAAAGAAGAAUUUGCUAAAUAUGCCUAUCUAGGACACCCUUUAUUAGUAAAAGGUGGCUGCUCAAAGUGGAAUGCAUUAAAUGUAUUUAAUUAUAGUUUUUUUAAGGAGCUAUAUAAUUCCACUGAAGGGGCUUACAGAAGUGUUGAAGAGGAAUGUCAAUUUUUCCCAUUUCGUACAAAGUUCUUGAGUCUUCGAGAAGUUUUUAAUAUGCCUGAAGAAAGAGCAUAUAUGACUUCUCCUGAUGCAGAAACAUGGUACAUUGGCUGGAGCAACUGUAAUCCAGAUAUAUCAUCUGUCUUGAGGCAGCAUUAUACAAGACCUUAUUUUUUGCCUGAUGAUUCUGAAUUAAGUGCUAUUGACUGGAUUUUUAUGGGAUAUAAAGGGACAGGUGCAAGUAUGCAUCUGGAUUAUGUCCGCAGACCUUCAUGGCAAGCACAGAUUAAAGGGAAAAAAACAUGGUAUCUUCUGCCACCUCCUGAAUGUGAAAGCUUGUGUGUACCAAUAAAUAUAACAGUUUACCAAGGAGACAUAAUUUUAGUUGACACAAAUCAGUGGUACCAUACAACUGUUAUAGAAGGAGAUGAAAUGAGUCUCACACUUGGUUCAGAAUAUGAUUAAUAGUUCCUAAUCUUUCAGUGCCUUAUGAUAUUUAUUUUUCUUUUUGGAUGGUAUUUAUGAAUGAGUAGAAACUACAGUCAAUUAUGAACUGGGAAAUGUUAUAACAAUAAUGUUUCGAGCAAGGUAAAUAUGUCACAAAUGCCUGAAGUUUGAUUUUCUAAAAUACAAUUAAAUUAAAGGGCCAGUCUAGCAGUUUAUAAGAUGCAAAUUCAUUUGAAUUUUUUGAUAAUGAAGAAUAAUGCAUACAUAUUACAGAGAAAACAAACUGUACUCUCCACUGUACAACUCCACUUUUUUUACAGCUCAAAAAUUUGCUUUUGUUUUGUGUGUAUAGGUCUUGGUCAUCAGAAGACUAAUGCAUUCUUCCUAAAAGAGAAUAAUGAUUUAGACAAAUGACACUAAUUUAAUUUUUAUAACAAGCAUGUGUAAUCUUGUUCCCAAGCAUUUUUGGUACUUUCUGAAGAUCUGCAUUUCACACUCAAAAAUCGUGAACUUGUUCAUGACUUUUGAGAGCGUUCGCAAAUUUGUUAGUGACUGCUUUUUUACAGAGCUGAUGUACAACCAUUUCAAAAUGGCAACACACUCAAAAUUUGAUAUAAGAGCAACCAAUAAUUAAUUUUAAAAAAAUCAAGAAACAUUGAUAAUAAAAUACUUACCUUUUUCCAAGAAAUCUUUUUUUGUGUAUGUGCUGCUGUUGUUCUCAUGCACACAGCAGUUUGUUGUCACUUGAUAAAAGUAUCAUCAAAUUUCACAAACUCAGCUAACUACAACUUGCACAAUGUUUUUUUUUUUUUCUUUUCACUGGUCAAAACUUUCAUGUGGUGCAUGCAAACCUGGGUUGUCACAUUGAUAAUUUUUGCCAACAUCGUGGGUUGUUACAUAAUUAUUUUGGGAACAAAGAGCUUUGCCUUAUGAGUACCAUUUCAUGACUUUUUGGGUGGUAUGCAGAUAAACAGAAAGUACAAUUUUUUCUUUAGAAUCAUUGCAUCCUAAUCUGUUAUGCACUAGUGCUUGUUAAGGCACAAAAUAAGUACAUAGCAAUAUAUUGCAGGAAGUAAGUUGCCAUCAUUGGUUUUCCUCCUGAAAUAUAAUGUAAGAGGAUGAAUAUAUUUCCUGACAUCUUUUAAAUUUAUUUGUUCAAUUUCAAAUGUGUCAUUAUGAUGUUCUAAUUAAGUGCAAAUGAGAGAUUAUUAGGAAAUAUAUAAUAAAAAAUAUAAAUAAUAAUAAUAAUAAUAAAACACAUUAAAUCUGUAUGAAUAUACUUGAGUAUUGGUGGAGGUGCAGAAAAUAUCAAAUGCCUAGAACAGUGCUUUAGCAUUUCAUUUAUCAUUAAAAUUUAUUAAUUAUAAAAUGAAACUAUAUUGACCUAUGUUUGAAUCCUAUUGACGAGAAGUGACUUUGCUAAACAGCUAAUAUGCUAAGCAUACUUUGAAAGUUCAUAAUGCCAUAUAUAUUUUAAUAUAUUCAAUUUAUAUGCAUGGUUAAAAAAUAGUUGUUAGAGGUAGAAAAUAUUUAAGUAUUUAAUCAUAACAUUGUGUAAUUGUGAAUAUAUAAUAACUAACAUAUAGGCUAUACAAUUUGUUAUACUAAUUCAUUUUGUGUAAUGACUAUAGAAAAUUGUAUUUAUUAUAUUUUUGUGGGGGGGGGGAGUAAGGCAUUAAAGAUAUCGAGAAGUAAAAAUAAAUGCACAAAUUUUAAAAUACAUUUCUUUUUUUAAAACAAAUAUUAAUAAAAGUAAGAGCUUUUUUAGAUAGAAGUGAGAAGAGAGUUAAAAUUGUCUUCAGCAUUAAAGGCAGUUUCUCUCAGUGCUUUAUAUUAUCACUCUGUAUAACUUAACAAUGACAGAUUUUAAAGUUCAACUAUUCUGCUCUAAUUUAAGGUGAUACAGUCAAAAGUCGUUAAUUCGGACACCCAUAAUCUGGAAUGAUCUAUGAUCCGGACCUCAAAGCUGCAAACUUUCUGCGCAUGCCUCGCAUUGACGCAUGCUGGUAAGACCUUUA